AUGUAUGCUUUUUCGGAUUGUCCCCUGGAAAAAACUCAGCUGAAGGCUGAGCAGGAGCUGAAACUAUACUGUCUUCGUAAGAGGUGCACUUGGGCUCAGGGCUGUGCCAGUCAUAAGACUUUUAGCACUUCCUGCACCUGGAGAGGAUGCCUUUGUCUAGGUCGCACAAAGAGAGAUGCUGAAAUCCAGGAGCAUGAAGAGAUUCUGUCUCCAGAUUUUCUUUCAGUUGCCCAAAUCACAGAACUGCUAGCAGAGGACAUAGAUGGAGUUCAAAAGAAAUUGGCCAUGUUUUUGAAUUUUGAAAAUCUUAAAACCUGUUUAAAAGAAGCCAUUCUACUAGAUUAUUAUGUAUCUGGAUUUUUGUGGGCCAGAGGCAUGGACUUUUCUAUUAUUCAGUAUUCAAAAUUUAUGACUUUACUAGAUAUGUUGCUUCAUAAUCUGAGAACAUUGCAUAUGUCCUUAGAAGACAGCUUAAAAUGGCUUGGAGAAGUUAUGGCUGAAAUAGGACCAUCCCAUUUGCAGAAAAAUGAGAAGUGGAAUAUCUUUGAUGUAAAACAAGCCAAUGCUGUCAUUGAUUACUUAAAAAUCAGCUUAUUUCAACACUACAAGCUAUAUGAAUUUCUGUUCUACUCUACCAGGGAAGAAAUUGUGAUAGGAACUGAGCAAAUGAUAGAAGUUGUCAAGCCUUCAGGUGGCUUUUUCCCCAACCCUCUAGAAGAAGGAAUCUCAUUUGAUAUUUACUCAAUGUUCAUAGAGCCACCCCCAACAUUGGAUACAGAAAUGAAGGGAUUGGAUCAAGAACAAGGCCCUGUGGAGCCCCAGCCAGAAGCCAGCACUUCAGACACGGAUGCUUUGGUUGGUUUCACUAUUGAAGAUGUGAAAUCAGUGCUGGCUCAAGUCACAGAUGACAUUUUAAUCGGCAUUCAGACCGAGAUAAACGAAAAGCUGCAAAUACAGGAAGAGGCCUUUAAUGCACGAAUAGAAAAAUUGAAAAAGGCCUGAGGACUCGGUACAAAGAGAGCAAUGCUAAACUUCACAGAAACAAACAAAACCAGUCAGAAUAAUACACUCUCUAGAGCAUCGUAUCUCCUAUAUUUAGUGGAGAGAGAAAA